CCCACAUGUCACUCGCACUUGCACUUACACUUGCAGUCCAGGGAGGGACUACCUUGCCUCAACGGAGAGAGCGGUGCAACUCACCUUACCAAGUUGGCUUACCUACAUGCAGAAGGGACGGGAGGACGUGGGCCAGAAAUAAUGGCAGGGGCCAACCGAUCCGAUGGGAUCAUGGGAUGGCAGGCACUGUUGGCCCGUAUGAGAUGCACGGGGUUGGAUCAUGAGCAAAGAGCCCAGAUACAUC